AUGUCGGAAUCAGCCACAGCACCUGCCCCUUCUCCUGCUCAGGCACCGGCAGUCCCAGAACCCACUCCCCAACCAGAUCCCAACGUCGACCAGAACGCGGCCCCAAAGCCCGAAGAACCUAAAGCUACUGAGCAAGACAACGGGAACGCCGUGCCUGCACCGUCGGAAGCUCAACUUCCCGCAGAUUCCGAGAAGACUGAGGAGCCAGCUGUUGUAAAGGCCGCGGAGACCCCCUCUGCGACCGUCGACGAGACGCCAGCAAAGCCUGCCCCAGAGCCUACACCAGAGGUUCCCCAAGCACCCGCAACGCAGCCUGAACCCACCCCUACCGUGCCAGAGGAGCCGAAGAUGACUCAGGACCCGACAGUUACCAAGUCUGAAGCCGCACCCAUCGAGACCACUGCAGCUGCACCUCUUGCUCCAACCCCAGCACCCGCACCGGCAACAUCUGGUGAACCGAAAGUAGAGGAGGUAACCACGACAAGCUCUGCAGCGGCUGCGACGAAGGCUGAGCCUGUUGCAACCCCUGAUGCUCCAGCUGCGACCGCUACCGCUGCAGUUGGGGAAGCGCCCAAAGCUGAGGAGAAGCAGCCCGCUUCUGAAGCUGCCGACAAGGAUGCAGAUGAACCCCAGAGCACACUCACGAAGCGAUUUACCACCGCCGAAUGGGAGGCACUGAAGAAAUUCAGGGCCGAUCUUCCCAACAUCUUCGAGGAAGCCUUCCCAGACCGCAAAGACGCCAGAACCGCAGUCGUCACGAUCUGGGGCGUUCCUUUGGACCCGAACGGUGCGAAGGAUGCGCGCGCCAGCGUCGUGCUGAUGAAGUUCUUGAGGGCCAGAAACCUUAAUCCAACUGCCGCACGGGAAAUGCUUGUAGGCACCCUCAGGUGGCGCGAGUCAUUCAACAUCGAAGCUGCACUCAAGGAAGAGUUUCCUCAAGACCUGUUUGGCAAGCUUGCCCACGUUCACGGCGUUGACAAGGAGAACAGGCCUAUCGUUUACAAUCUCUAUGGCGCCAAUCCUGACAUCAAGGCCGUCUUUGCUGAUGUUCAGCGCUUCAUUCGUUGGCGUGUUGCCCUCCAAGAACGCUCCACUCGCCAGCUCGAUUUUACCGAAGUCGACCAAAUGAUCCAAGUCCACGACUACGAAGGUGUAGGACUCACCAGUCGCGACGCCAACUCCAAAGCGGCCGCCUCCGAAGCAACCAAUAUCUUCCAAAGCCAUUACCCAGAACUCCUCUACAAGAAGUUCUUCAUUAACGUUCCUACAAUUCUCAACUGGAUUUUCUGGGCUUUCAAACCUAUCAUCCCCGCUGCUACGCUUGCCAAGAUGUCGGUCGUGGGAUCUGGAACGUCUGCCAUCAAGAAGGCGUUGGGCCCGCAUAUCGAUGACAAUAACCUCCCAAAGCGUUAUGGAGGUGCCUCAGAGGCGUUCUGA